AUGCGGCUUGUGCAGACUUUCCCACGGCGGCUGCAUGUGCCUCUCCCGGCCGCUAGGAGCGACAGGAGCGGUCUGUCCCAUGGUCUGUCCCAGUCCCAGCGCUGGAGGAAGCGUCCCGAGCCCACAACACACGGGACAGCCAAGAAACCGCGGGGAGGACACAUUUCACUUUACUUUCAGACUUACUUCACAUGGGGAAAAGACAUGACUUCUACGGCGAGCGAAAGAAGGGCGUUUGCUCAUAAAAUCAACCGGACGGUUGCCUCAGAGGUCAGAAAACAAGUGUCCCGAGAGUAUGGGUCUCCUCAGUUGUCAAAGAAGCGAGGAGCUGCACACCACACUCUGCCUCUGUCUGAUGUGGUGGAGCCCAUAGACUUUGAGGAGUAUGUAAGUAGCCAUGCCCCGGGGGUGGAGCCUGGGCCUCUGCGGCAGCUCAUGGAGUUUCCACCCGAUGAUCUGGAGCUCCUCCACUUGGACAAAGAGUGCACGACACUGGAGCCACCGCUGCCUGAGGAAGAUGAUCCACUGGAUCCCAGAGUGAGAGACGCCUUGGCAGUCUACACAGAUGACUGGCUCAUCAUUCAAAGAAAAUACCAGAAAUACAGCACGGUGUACAUGCCUCAUAACUCUGAGCGGCAGAGAGAGCGACAGCGAGGGCUGGUCAAACAGAUUUUUGAACUGGACGAGACUGCAGGAGUAGAGCGCCAGGAUGAUCAGGAUGACGUAAAGCGGCGCUCUGUCAGUCUGGAUGAAACCCCGCGGGGCAGUUGGGCUUCCAGCAUUUUUGACCUGAAGAAUUCCUCUCCGGAUGUGCUGCUGCCGUCUGUGCUUGAGCGUGCGGCUGUAGAAGACCUGGACCGCCGUAACACUGAGGCUCGGCAACGCGACCGGCACAACGACCUGCUUGGGCUCUACGCCCCUCCUGAUGAGGAUGAAGCGGUGGAGAGAUGCUCUGUCCCAGAAGUGCCCAAAGAACACUGCGGCCAGAGAAUCAUGGUUAAAUGUUUGUCUCUGAAAUUUGAGAUUGAAAUUGAGCCGAUAUUCGGGACUCUCGCCCUUUAUGACGUCAGAGAAAAGAAAAAGAUCUCAGAGAAUUUCUACUUCGAUCUCAACUCGGAUCCAAUGAAAGCACUUCUCAAAACGCACACGCCUCACACUGCCAUCUCCACCCUGGCGCGGUCGGCAAUUUUCUCCAUCACUUACCCGUCGCCUGAUAUAUUUCUUGUCAUAAAGCUUGAAAAAGUUCUCCAACAAGGCGACAUUGGGGAGUGCUGUGAACCAUAUAUGGUGAUGAAAGAGUCAGAUUCUUCCAAGCAUAAAGAGAAGCUAGAUAAACUGAAGCAACAGGCAGAGCAGGCGUGCGGCCGUUUGGGAAGAUUCCGAAUGCCUUUCGCCUGGACGGCCAUUCACCUCCUGAACAUUGUGAGCAGCGUGGGGGGCCUGGAUCGACUGGACUCUGACUCCGACUCGGAGCGAAAAGGUCAUGGGACAUGGAAUGAAAAAAAGAAAAAAGGAUUUGAGCGGAUGAGUGUUGCUGAAGAUAUGUGCAACUUUGCAACUUUCCGUCCAGCCACACUGACGGUCACAAACUUCUUUAAACAGGAGGGAGACCGCCUCAGUGAUGAAGACCUUUACAAGUACCUGGCUGAUAUGCGCAGACCGUCCUCUGUUUUAAGAAGGCUCAGGCCUGUAACAGCCCAGUUGAAAAUCGACAUUUCUCCAGCACCAGACUCCCCCCAUUACUGUUUGUCCCCUGAGCUGUUGCAUGUGAAGCCGUAUCCAGACCUGCGGGUGCGUCCCACUAAAGAGGUGCUGGAGUUUCCGGCCCGUGACGUGUACACGCCACACACCACCUACAGAAAUCUCCUUUACAUCUAUCCACAAAGCCUGAACUUCAACAGUCGCCAAGGCUCUGUCAGAAAUAUAGCUGUGAAGGUGCAGUUCAUGGCGGGAGAGGACCCCAGCCAGGCGCUACCUGUGAUCUUUGGGAAGUCGAGUUGUGCAGAGUUCAUGAGGGAGGCGUACACACCUGUGAUCUACCACAACAAAACGCCCGAGUUUUACGAGGAGAUGAAGAUGAAGAUUCCCGCCAACCUGACCGACAACCACCACCUCCUGUUCACCUUCUACCACAUCAGCUGCCAGCCCAAACAGAACACCCCUCUGGAGACCCCCGUGGGCUACACCUGGAUUCCUCUGAUGCAACAUGGCCGUCUGCGCACUGGUUCCUUCACUUUGCCCGUCUCCGUGGAGAAGCCCCCGCCUAGCUAUUCCGUGCUCACCCCUGAUGUCCAGCUCCCGGGGAUGAAGUGGGUGGAUAAUCACAAAAACGUGUUUAAUGUUGAGGUGACAGCGGCCUCCUCAGUUCACACUCAGGACCCGCACUUGGAUAAGUUCUUCACUCUGGUGUAUGUUCUGGAGGAGUACUCGUUCCCGUUCCGGCUGAAGGAUGUGAUCAUCACUGAAGCCAACAUGGAGGCCGAGCUCAAGGCCAGCAUGUCGGCCCUCAGAGGCGCUCAACUCGAUAUCUGUGUCACGUUUUUACACCAGCUGCUCAACAAGCUCAUUCAGCUCAUUGUGUAUCCACCGGUCAUUUCAGGACAGAUAGUGAACCUUGGCCGCGCCGCCUUUGAAGCAAUGGCCUUAUUAGUGAACCAAAUCCACAAAAACCUGGACGGAAACCAGGACCAGCACGCUGCUCAGUCCUAUGAAAUGCCGAUGCAGUUUGCCACUUUAUCCAGAGCCACAGUGCGUCCCAGCAGCCUCCAUCUGUCACGAUCCAAGAGUAUCAGUAAUUCAAACCCAGACCUGGUCACCUCCCCCGUCUCCCCUGAUGAGGAAGUGCAGCGUAUUAUCGGGAAUAAGGGCAUUGACCGCUCUCACUCCUGGGUAAACUCUGCUUAUGCCCCCGGUGGCCCCAGAUCUGUCCUGCGUCGGAACCCAAACUCCAGCUGUGAUCUCAAGCAGGCAAACGACAUCGCCGGCAAUCGCAUGUCUGCUUUUCUGGACAGCGUGGCCUUGUUUUCAGUGCCCACAAGGCAGAUUGCCAAAAAGUUGCUCCACGAGGAGCUGGCGUUGCAGUGGGUGGUCAGCAACAGCACAGUGAGAGAAGCGGCUCUGCAGCAGGCCUGGUUCUUCUUCCAGCUCAUGGCGAAGAGCAUGGCCCACCACUUAUUCCUGACCUCGAAAUUAGACAUUCCCAGAAAGCAGCGUUUCCCUGACCGUUUUGUGGAUGACGUUGCAGCACUAGUUUGUGCCAUCAGCGCGGACGUUGCCACUCGAUAUCACAAGGAUGUGGAGCUGGUGGAGCGGCUGAACAGCAGUCUGGCCUUCUUCCUGAACGACCUGCUCUCUCUUAUGGACCGUGGCUUUGUUUUCAACCUCAUCCGCACUUACUACAAACAGAUUUCAAACAAGCUGCACACGUCUCAGAACCCUAGUGCUCUGAACGCCCUGAGGAUGGAUUUCAUGCGUAUUGUCUGCAGUCACGAGCACUAUGUCAUCCUCAACCUGCCGUGUUCCACUCUGAGCCCCCCGGCCUCCCCGUCCCCUUCCACUUCCUCUACAACUUCACAGAGCUCUGCCUUCUCCAGCGUGGCUCCAGACCAGGGCGUGGCCAGCAUGUUCGAUCUGUCCGUCCCGUUUCGACAGCAGCACUUCCUGUCAGGGCUGCUUCUUUGCGAGCUCUCUCUCAUCCUUGACCCGGAGAGUGAAGGGGCUUUCUUCCUCCAUAAAAAGGCCAUUAGCGCGGUUCACUCCCUGCUGUGUAGCCAUGACGCCGACCCGCGCUUUAGUGACUCUCAGGUCAAAGCUCACGUGGCUCAGCUCUAUCUGCCCCUUCUGCCCGUGGUGAUGGAGAGUCUGCCCCAGCUCUACGACUUCUGUGACUCGUCUGCCCGGACCCGGCACACAGUGGCCUAUGCAGACGACUCCGACCUCGAUGGCAGCAACACCAUCAGUCAGUCUGUUGCCAUGGCAAUCGCAGGCUCGCCACUGCCACAUGUGAAACCCAAUGCGUUUGUGCUGCCAACGGCGCCUGGGAGACAGCCCAGCUCUCUGUCGGCAGAGUGCAGUCGGACUCUGUUAGUGUGUUUCCUCUGGGUGCUGAAGAACGCUGACGCCUCGCUCCUGGAAAGAUGGGUUUCUGAUUUAUCCAUUCUGCAAAUCAACCGUCUCCUGGAUCUGCUGCACCUGUGCACAUCCUGCUUUGAAUACAAGGGCAGGAAGGUUCUGGAGAGAAUGAACAGCCUGACCUUUAAAAAGUCUCAGGACAUGAAGGCGCGACUGGAGGAGGCCAUUUUGGGGACAAUUGGGGCGCGUCAGGAGAUGGUUCGUCGCUGCAGAGAGAGGAGUCCUUACGGCAGCCAGGAGAACGUGCGAUGGAGGAAAAAUGUUACACACUGGAAACCAAACGCAGAAAGAGUUGAUAAAUCUAAGAUUGAAGUGGAGCAAGAGUCUGUGGUGGAUGGAAACCUGGCCACGGAAGCCUCUCUAAUUGUGCUGGACACACUGGAGAUUGUAGUCAAGACUGUUGUGGCCUCAGAGCUGAAGGAGAGUGUUCUGGGUGGAGUGCUUAGAGUGCUUCUCCACAGCAUGGCAGGCAACCAGAGCGCCCUCUUCCUGCAGCACUGCUUCACUACACAAAGAGCACUCGUGUAUAAGUUCCCAGAGAUGCUGUUUGAAGAAGACACGGAGCUGUGUGCAGACCUUUGUUUACGUCUCCUGCGUCAUUGCAGCAGCAGCGUGGGCUCCGUCAGAAGCCACGCCUCCGCCUCCCUCUAUCUGCUCAUGAGGCAAAACUUUGAAAUAGGGAACAAUUUUGCUCGAGUAAAGAUGCAGGUCACAAUGUCGCUGUCGUCUUUGGUCGGGACGUCUCAAACUUUUAAUGAGGAACAUCUUCGUCGUUCGCUAAAGACGAUACUGACUUAUGCAGAAGAGGAUCUGGAGCUGCGGGACACUCCUUUCCCUGAACAGGUCCAAGAUCUUGUGUUCAACUUGCACAUGAUUCUGACCGACACCGUGAAGAUGAAGGAGCACCAGCAGGACCCAGAGAUGCUCCUUGAUCUGAUGUACAGAAUUGCCAAAGGCUACCAGAACUCGCCUGACCUGCGCCUCACGUGGCUGCAGAAUAUGGCGGGGAAGCACUCAGAAAGGGGGAACCACGCCGAGGCUGCUCACUGCCUGGUCCACAGCGCCGCCCUGGUGGCAGAAUACCUCAACAUGCUAGAGGAUUGUCGCUAUCUGCCCAUCGGCUGUGUCACAUUUCAGACCAUCUCCUCCAACGCGCUGGAGGAGUCCGCUGUAUCCGAUGACGUCCUGUCCCCUGAGGAGGAGGGCAUCUGUGCCGGGAAGUACUUCAGUGAGUCUGGUUUGGUCGGCCUCUUGGAGCAAGCAGCUGCCUCUUUCAACAUGGCCGGGAUGUAUGAAGCCAUAAACGAGGUCUACAAGAUAUUGCUGCCCAUCCACGAAGCCAACCGAGAGUUUAAGAAGCUAGCCACUGUCCACGGGAAACUGCAAGACGCCUUCAAUAAAGUCUACAAUCAAAGUUCAGGAUGGGAGAGGAUGUUUGGGACCUACUUUCGCGUUGGGUUUUAUGGCUGUCGCUUCGGAGACCUGGACGAACAGGAGUUUGUCUACAAAGAGCCAUCAAUCACCAAAUUAGCCGAGAUCUCCCACCGACUCGAGGAGUUUUAUUCGGAGAGAUUCGGGGAUGACGCGGUGGAAAUUAUCAAGGGGUCAAACCCGAUUGAUAAAUACAAACUUGAUCCAAACAAGGCCUACCUCCAGAUUACGUACGUGGAGCCCUACUUCGACACGUACGAGCUGAAAGAGCGGAUCACGUACUUCGACAAAAACUACAACCUGCGCACGUUCAUGUACUGCACGCCCUUCACUCUGGACGGACGCGCACACGGAGAGCUGCACGAACAGUACAAGCGCAAAACCAUCCUGACCACGUCGCACGCCUUCCCCUACAUCAAGACGCGCAUCAACGUCAUCCACAAAGAGGAGAUUAUUCUUGUCCCUAUGGAGGUGGCCAUUGAGGACAUGCAGAAGAAAACACAGGAGCUUGCAUUCGCCACAAACCAGGAACCAGCCGAUUCAAAGAUGCUUCAGAUGGUUCUCCAGGGCUGUGUGGGUACCACCGUCAACCAGGGCCCCCUCGAGGUGGCGCAGGUCUUUCUGUCUGACAUUCCCGACGACCCCAAACUCUUCCGCCAUCACAACAAACUGCGCCUCUGCUUUAAAGACUUCACUAAGAGGUGCGAGGAUGCCCUGAAGAAGAACAAAACCCUGAUUGGUCCGGACCAAAAGGAGUACCAUAAGGAGCUGGAGAGAAACAACAAUAAGUUAAAAGAAGCGCUGGGCCCGCUGAUAAACCGCAAAAUCCCACAGUUGUAUCAAGCGCUGCCGGCUCAGACUGUGCAAAUACAAAGAAACUCGUUCGGCCGCUCCAGUCUGCGCCGGGUCGACUGCUGA